GGACCUCCGGGCUGCGGGGUAUGGCAAACGCCAGCAUGAGUGGGUAGCCUCAGAAACCAGUCCCGGGCCAGCGCCCUUUCUUCUUUUUCUGGGUCAGGCGGCCCCGGGCGCCCGGGCUCCGGAGCUCGAUUUUGAGAUGUCUCGGGCGUGGGUCGUUGGGAGCCGGAAGUCCAGAGCUGGACGUUGAGACGUCAGUGAAUGUUAAAUUACGCCUAAUAUGAUGCCACGGAAUAAUCUGGAAGCCUCUACUUGUAAAAUGGCAGAGUCAUUUAAUUUUGAGAAGAAGGAAAGCAAGCCCCCGCCCCAGGACCCUCUCAGAAGUCCUGUAGCUCAGCACAACCACCCCAGCUUCAGGCUGAAGAGCCCAGAGAACGGAAAUGCAAAGAACAACUUCUUGCUUUGUGAACAAAACAAACAGUAUUUAGCUAGUCAGGAGGACAAUUCCGUGGUCUCUUCAAACCCUGCCGUUGUCAAUGGAGAAGUAGGUGGGUCCAAAGGAGACAGGAAGCCGUCACCAACAGGAAAUCCAGUGUCACCAUUAAGUCUUGGAAAGAGUUCACCUCCUAACCAAGUAAAAACUAAGCCCAGCAAUAAUGUGACUCCUGAAAAAUCAAAAAAAUCUCACAAGUUGUAUGAGAAUGCCUUGUCCGUAAAUAAUCCAGCACUCUUCAACUCUUUAGGACCACCCCUUCGGUCGACAACCUGCCAUCGCUGUGGCCUGUUUGGGUCUCUGAGGUGCUCCCAGUGCAAGCAGACGUACUACUGCUCCACAGCGUGCCAGAGGAGAGACUGGUCUUCCCACAGCACCAUCUGUAGACCUGUACAGCAAAGUUUGAACAAGCUUGAAGAUAAUAAAUCACCAUUUGAAACAAAGGCCAUUGAAGUGAAGAGUGAGGUUGACUGUCCCCCGGGAGUUACUAAAGAAAUAACAGCGGGUGCUGAGAGAGUAAUGUUCUCUGAUUUGAGAAGUCUCCAACUCAAGAAAACCAUGGAGAUAAAGGGUACAGUUACUGAGUUCAAGCACCCGAGUAACUUUUAUGUCCAGUUGUAUUCUUCAGACGUUCUAGAAAACAUGAACCAACUCUCCACGAGCUUGAAGGAGACAUAUGCAAAUGUGGUGCCUGAAGAUGGUUAUCUUCCUGUUAAGGGGGAAGUUUGUGUUGCCAAGUACACGGUUGAUCAGACCUGGAACAGAGCCAUAGUACAAGCCGUGGAUGUGCUGCAGAGGAAGGCCCACGUCUUGUACAUUGACUAUGGGAACGAGGAGAUGAUCCCGAUAGACAGCGUUCACCCGCUGAGCAGAGGCCUUGACUUGUUUCCUCCUUCCGCCAUAAAGUGCUGUGUGUCAGGCGUCAUUCCCACCGCGGGCGAGUGGAGUGAAGGAUGUGUUGCAGCUGUUAAGGCCCUUCUGUUUGAGCAGUUCUGCUCUGUCAAGGUCAUGGACAUCUUAGAGGAGGAGGUACUCACCUGUGCCGUUGACCUUGUUCUUCAGAGCUCAGGAAAGCAGCUGGACCAUGUGCUGGUGGAAAUGGGGUAUGGAGUGAAACCCAGUGAGCAGAGCUCCACGGAGCGGAGUAUGGACCACAGUGCAUUGGAGGACGUUGGAAGAGUGACAGCUGAGAACAAGAUUGUGACAGACAGAAAUGCCCUGAUCCCCAAAGUGCUGACUUUGAAUGUGGGUGAUGAGUUCUGUGGCGUGGUUGCCCACAUCCAGACACCAGAGGACUUCUUUUGUCAGCAGUUGCAGAGCGGCCACAAGCUUGCGGAGCUUCAGGAAUCCCUCAGUGAAUACUGUGGCCAUGUGAUUCCACGCUCUGACUUUUAUCCAACCAUUGGGGAUGUGUGCUGUGCUCAGUUCUCAGAGGAUGAUCAGUGGUACCGCGCCUCGGUUCUGGCCUAUGUUUCUGAAGAAUCUGUCCUGGUUGGAUAUGUCGAUUAUGGGAACUUUGAGAUUCUCAGUUUGAAAAGACUUUGUCCCAUAAUUCCAAAGUUGUUGGAUUUGCCGAUGCAAGCUCUAAAUUGUGUGCUGGCAGGCGUGAAGCCAUCAUUAGGAAUUUGGACUCCAGAAGCUGUGUGUGUCAUGAAAGAGAUGGUACAGAACAGGAUGGUCACAGUGAGAGUGGUGGGCAUGCUGGGGACCAGGGCCCUGGUGGAGCUCAUCGACAAGUCGGUGACUCCUCACAUCAGCACUUCUAAAGCUCUCAUAGACUCGGGCUUUGCCAUCGAAGAAAAGGACGUAGUGGCAGAUAAAGGCAGCAGUAUGCACACAGCCAGUGUUCCCUUGGCCAUAGAAGGACCAGCAGAGGCGUUGGAGUGGACGUGGGUGGAGUUCACUGUUGACGAGACAGUGGAUGUGGUGGUCUGCAUGAUGUACAGUCCCGGGGAGUUCUACUGCCACUUUCUUAAAGACGACGCCUUAAAGAAGCUUGAUGACUUGAAUCAGUCCUUAGCAGACUACUGUGCACAAAAGCCGCCCAAUGGCUUUAAGGCAGAGAUAGGGCGGCCUUGCUGUGCCUUUUUUUCAGGUGACGGCAACUGGUACCGGGCUCUAGUCAAGGAGAUCUUACCAAGUGGGAAUGUUAAAGUACACUUUGUGGAUUACGGAAAUGUUGAAGAAGUUACCACAGACCAACUCCAGGCGAUAUUACCACAGUUCUUACUACUUCCAUUUCAGGGGAUGCAGUGCUGGCUAGUAGAUAUACAGCCCCAAAACAAGCAUUGGACAAAAGAGGCCAUAGCAAGAUUUCAAGCAUGUGUUGUGGGGCUCAAACUCCAAGCCAGAGUUGUGGAAAUCACUGCGAACGGCGUGGGCGUGGAGCUCACCGAUCUUUCCACUCCCUACCCCAAAAUCAUUAGUGAUGUGCUCAUCACAGAGCAGUUGGUCUUAAGGUGUGGUUCACCACAGGACUCACUGAUGAACAGACAUGCUUAUCAACAGAACCAGAUCGACAGCCACGGGGUGCAAGCCAGCCUUUCAGCAAAGCAGUGGAAGACAAUGGAAUUGCCAGUUAACAAGACUAUAGCAGCAAAUGUACUAGAGAUCAUAAGCCCAGCCUUGUUCUACGCCAUCCCCAGUGAAAUGUCAGAAAAUCAAGAAAAGCUGUGUGUGUUAACGGCUGAAUUGUUAGAACACUGUAAUGCUCAGAAGGGCCAGCCAGCCUACAGACCACGGACAGGAGACGCGUGCUGUGCUAAGUACACAAAUGAUGACUUCUGGUACCGGGCCAUUGUUCUGGAAACGUUGGAAUCCGAUGUGAAAGUUCUCUACGCAGAUUAUGGAAACAUCGAAACACUGCCUCUUUCCAGAGUGCAGCCCAUCCCAGCCAGCCACCUGGAGCUGCCCUUCCAGAUCAUUAGAUGCUCACUAGAGGGGCUGAUGGAGCUGAAUGGAAGCUGUUCGCAGUUAGUGAUGGAGCUGCUGAGAAAUGCCAUGCUGAACCAGAGUGUGGUUCUUUCCGUGAAAGCCAUUUCAAAGAACGUCCACGCAGUGUCAGUUGAAAAAUGUUCUGAGAACGGGAUGAUCAAUAUAGCUGAGCAUCUGGUGAUGUGUGGCCUGGCAGAAAACCUCACAUCUAAAAGGAAAAGUGCUUCCACUAAAGAGACACCACACAGCACAGAUUGCUGUUGCACGGAGUUACAGAAACAGAUUGAGAAACAUGAGCAGAUUCUCCUCUUCCUCUUAAACAACCCAACCAACCAAAAUAAAUUCAUAGAGAUGAAGAAGCUGCUGAGAAGCUAAAAACAUCAUCUCUUGGAAAUAGACACUGGAAAGAAAAGAGACAGCAAACGCCAGACCUGAGAAAGAAUUGUGUCUGUGUUUUGUUCACUAGAAUCGUUGCUUCCUCUUCUUUCCUUAGGGACUUUUGGCCACUCCGCCUGAGCUUGCUUACUUUGUUCUGUUGGGUUUGCUGCCCUCUCCCCAAUUCUUUCCACGAAAUACAUGAAUCUUACAGAAGAGAUUCAUGUAUGAGGUAGGCGCGGUGGUGCACACCUGUAAUCCCAGCCAUGAGCAGCAUGAGGCAAGAAGACCUCAAGUUCAAAGCCAGCAAGGGCCUAGUUAGAUGCUUUCUCACUACAGACAAGACCAAAACGACAUCAAGAUUCAAAAUGUAAGAGACGACUAGGAAGGAAUAUGAGGUACCUUCUGCUAAGAGUGUGUGUGUGUAUUUGCUCUACUGAGUAUAGAAGCUCGAGCCUCUCAUGUAUGAGGCAAGCUCUCCUCUUCCUCUGAGCUACAGUCCCAGCUCUAGCAUCUCUCUGUCUUGAAAGUGCUGAAGAGAAGGCGGCUAGGUGUUGCUUGGAUAGGUGUGGUCGGGUAGCUGGGUCUUAGCACUGUUUGUACAUUUCAGGCCUUUGCCAGUGAGAUGCUCCCUGUCAUUGCUGCCUCAUCCCAAUGGGCUCUGUUUGGUUCCUUGCUUCUGGGUGGCAUGUUUCCCUGUGUAACUUGUGGCUCACUCCAAGGAUGUGCACUGCUUCUCUCAGCUGUGCUUGGAUGGCUUGGCUUUUCAUCUUGGAUCAUAGUGUGUCCACAAGCUCCAGCCUUGGCACUAGGAAGACUCCAGAGGGCCUCCUGGGAUUUUACCCACUAGUCUGUAGCCAUUCAGACUUAUGCUCUAGAAAUAAUUCAUUAUCUUCUCAAACACAAAUUCAGUCAUCAAUUUAAAAAUGGAGAGCACAUUUGUCAUACCUCAUGAUCACAGAUUGUCUUAACCUUAGCCAUGUGCAGUAGAGUGUGCCUUCCUGACAGCCCAGUAGUCUCUCGUAAUUGUCCCACAGUUUCAGUGCCAUGUGGCCCUGUGGCAACCUAAUACGACAUCACCAACUCAACGUUGAUAAGUAAACAUUGCCGUGGGUGGGUUUGCUGACAGUGUGAGUCGGCGCCUCUGCUGAGUCUCAUGUAAAAAGUUGCUUGCAUGCUGACGCGCCUCAAACAGUUAAAUUUGUCCUGAUUCAGGCAAUAAAGC